AACUUUCAGAGAUGAUCAAUCAUGCGUCAAAAAAGUUUGCGAUUGUUAAGUUCGAUGUGAUUUCGACGUAUGGGACUAAUCCGUAUAAAAUCGUGCCAUUUAAAUGGGUGAAGGACACAGAUAAAAAUAAGGUUUUAGUGCAAUAUCCGUCAAAAGACGACGUGUUUGAGGAAUUCGAAAACAUUUUUAAGUGCAACCAACCUAAGUCAAGAUGGAUGGAGUGCAGUGGUAGUUUAGAAUAUCUAACAAGUAAGUUAUUAUUUAAUGAAGAUAUAGAUAAAUAGUCGUCAUUGUGACGUAGACCAAUAGGCUUUUUUUUCGUGCAGAUUCCUAUCUCGACGGGUUGAUAUUCAUCAAGACUAGAAGAAAUGAAUUUAUUCCAGAAGAAUUGAUGUUCCUUGACUACACAGAACGGUUUAACAUACAAAAUGACUGAUACGCGGUCACCAAGUGAAGGAGAGAGACCGGUCCUCGUUGUUCCAAAGUUCCUGAGUGAAAGCUUCGAAAUGGCUGAUCGCAAGGCGUCUGGUAGCCGACCAGAGAAAUCUAAGGAAGCUCCUGGAAAUGCAAUUUCAAGAUUUAUUCAACGCCUCAGUCCCAUAAAGAGGUACCGUGGUCAAGAAACUCCAGGAGCUAGUUCCAGUUCUAUCUCUCAGAAGACUGAUUCAAGAUCUGGAAAAAAAAACUCUUCAACAACGAAGAAUUCGUCUCGCAAGGAAGACAAGCAUUCUGAAAAGUUAACCAAAUCGUCUUUGAAUCUGCCAGAGUCUUCUUCUUCAAGCAAAAGUAGUCUUUCCCAGCCACCAUCUCCUUGGCUUACUCCAGCGCUAUCGUACCAAUCGUUAAACUCGAAUGAACGGGCCACGGAGCUCAAGCUUCUAUCGCAGUUGCAUGCGAAUUUCGAUAAAUCUACCGACAUUCUUGGAAAUUACAUAUCUUUGCGGGAUCAGAAGAAGUAGUCUUCACUUAAAUACUUUGUUGAUAGACGUAGUUUGGUUUGCGCUAACUACAAGUUAUGGAAAGUUUGCAUCUUCUAUUGUAUAACCGCUACUCAUUGUAUAAGAGUAUAAUAUAAUAUAAUGUAUUAAUUUACGAUAAUUUAUUUAAUAAAUGGCUGCUUAAUAUUUAACACUAGUUUCAUUAUCUCUUGGCACAAAACGCAGCAAUGUAAACAAUGUAUACAAUUUGUCUGAUAUGAAGACCCUUAGUUCAAGAGUCUUAAGGUCGUUGAAGCACGUUCAAGUUAUCUAAGCGAUAAAAUGUACAAGUCGUCCUUGU